UAUGAGAGCCUGUCCUGCGCUCGUGCUCGUUUUAAAGCCGUUGGCGGCGGUGCGCUGCGUGCUGUCAGUCCGCAGAAGAGCAACAACACGCUGCUGAAUUAGCCAAGUGCUCGCAUAUAUAAAUGUUAUAUUCUUAUUUAAUAUUGUAGUAUUUUUUCUCCCUCUCAUGUAAAUCGUAUGGAGAAGAGGUUUGUUUUUGUAUGCGCCCCUCGCAGGCUGGAGGCGAGUGUCCGUAAAGGAGGAGGAGCUACCGGACAUCCGAUAAGGAACUACGAGCUUCAUUGAACGGGCAGGAAUCCUGUAUUCCAGUAUGACUGCCGUCAGGCAGAGGAAGGGCAGUAAAGGGAAGGAGCCGGGGCCCGGCAUUCAGAACCUGAAGCCAGAGUGUGUUGCUGAACCCAGAGAAAGGUUUCCAACAGGUGGUUUCUCAUGGUGGACAAUAUUGUGUCUAAUCUCUGGAUCAAUAGUGGGAGUUAGUCUGGGCUUGCUGUGCUGCAUCUACGUGGCCACACUACAUGAAAAUGACCUGUGGUUUUCCAAUAUCAAGGAAGUGGAGCGUGAAAUCUCUUUCCGGACAGAAUGUGGCCUUUAUUACUCCUACUACAAACAGAUGCUGAAGGCCCCUACUAUACAGCAAGGUCUCUAUGAGCUUACUCAUGACAACACUACAGAAUCCAAGAGGACAAUAAACAUCCUACAGCGCAUGAACAUCUACCAAGAGGUGUUUCUUAGCAUUUUGUACAGGAUACUUCCAAUCCAGACGUACUUGGAGCCAAUUUAUUUCUACAUCUACACAGUGUUUGCUUUGCAGACAGUGUAUGUCAUUGCUCUCUUUAUCACUAGCUGGUUACUCAGUGACUCGUGGCUGGCUGGAGCCCUCAGUGGAGUCUGGUAUAUUCUCAACAGAGUGGACACCACACGUGUGGAGUUUACCAUUUCUCUAAGGGAGAACUGGUCGAUACCGUUCUUUGCUCUUCAGGUGGCUGCCAUAACCUGCUACUUAAGGCCAAAGCUUAAACCUAUUCACCAGAGGGUGGUGUUGUGGCUGGUGUUCGUCUCCACCUUCUGCUUCUGUUUGACAUGGCAGUUCAAUCAGUUUGUCCUACUGGUGCAGGCCCUUAUAAUCUACACUUUGGAUUGCCUGGACUUCCUCACAGCAGAACAGGUGGUCUCUCUGUACCUGAUGCAGGUGUCGAGUCUGUUAUUGGUGUGGUUACUGCAGUUCUGCAACUCUAUGAUUUUGGGCUCUCUGGUGCUCAGCUUCAUUGUGUCUGCUCUCUUCAUCAAACACUUUCAGACAGGGCUAAAGAUGGGCGGCUUUGUUAUACGAGUAGGAAAACUGGCUCUCCACACACUCCUAGUCCUCGCAUUAACUUUCACCAUCAAUUAUUCAGCCAAGAAAGUACUCCAGCUCAAAUCUGACGAGCACAUCUUCAAGUUCAUAAAGGCCAAGUUUGGCUUCGGGGCAACGAGAGACUUUGAUGCCAGUCUCUAUCUGUGCGAAGAGGCAUUUGGCUUGUUGCCAUUGGAUACAUUCGAGCGGUUGGCUGGCACGGUGCUGCUCUAUCCGUAUCUCUGCACCCUCAGUGUGCUCUUCAUCUUACUGCUGCUGGUGGCACUCUCUAAUCUCAGCCUGAACGGGUUAGGCCAAGCAAGCGGAGAGAAAGAGGACAGGACCUUUAAGAUGCGGCCAGAUGUUGCUUACAACCUCAUGCACACUGUGUUCUUCGGCCUGCUCGCCUUUUCCACUAUGAGGAUGAAAUAUUUGUGGACUGGCCAUAUGUGUACAAUCGCUGCCUUCGGGGUUUGUGGAAAGGAGGUGUGGGCGCUGUAUCUGAGAGUCCUUCACUGCAACACUAAAACCGCGAUGAGACUGAUCAGGUACUCGGUGCCUAUUGUAAUCCUGGCGUUUCUUUAUUACAAGUUCUGGCCCAGACUGAUGGAGGAGAUUUCGGAGCUGAGAGAGUUUUAUGACCCAGACACCGUGGAGCUAAUGGAGUGGAUCAGAUUGAAGACACCCAAACGGGCAGUGUUUGCAGGCAGCAUGCAGCUGUUGGCAGGAAUUAAGCUGUGUACGGGGAGAGUAUUGACAAACCAUCCACACUACGAGGACCAGGCGCUCAGGGAGAGGACCAGACAGGUUUAUCAGAUAUAUGCACGGCAGUCUGCCGAGGAGGUUCAUAAAGUGCUGGGUUCGGUUGGAACAGACUACAUUGUGCUGGAGGACAGCAUCUGCUAUGAGCGCAGGCACAGCCGUGGCUGUAGGCUGAGGGACCUGCUCGACCUGGCAAACGGACAUAUCAUGGAUGGCCCAGGUGAAAAUGACCCGGAUCUCAUCCCAGCGUCUCAUCCGCGGUUUUGUGAGGGCAUUAAGACCGACAUGCCUCCGUAUUCAACUCUCUUCACUCGAGUGUUCAAAAACAAGACCUUUAACGUGUACAAACUCAAGAAGCUCAAGAAGAAACACAAAGCCGCGAGCAGUCCAUAAUGCUCAUUCCUCAACAGCAGUUGCCCACCUUCACUGGAUGUCUGAACGCCCCAUCUGGAAUGUUCAAUGAGUGUGUGAUAGUAGCAGGUGUGUGUGUUUGAGAGAGAGAGAUGGCUGAUUGAGCCAGCACGCGUUAGAUGAUUCGAUGCGUGUUUGUGUGUGUGUAAAUCUGUUCUGAGCCAGUCUGCCGCAACAGGAGCUCAAGUUUAACGUGGAGAAAAGGGAGGAAAAUCUGUUUUGCUCUCAAAGAUCGCUGUGUCUUCUUUGACACAUGCCCUUGUAUCAUACUGUUUAUUUGCUGUACACACACAUUCGCUACUUAAAGAAAACGUUAGACGAACAUGCAACAGCAACUGCUUUCACGAACCCAUUCCUGUCACGCUUCCAACCAAAUGAAAAAGAGAUGGGCGGAAAAUGCUUUGUAAUUUGAAUUUGCAAGAGCAGCUUGGGGUAAUUGGCAUCUGUGGCAGUGUUUUCUUUUUAUCUGCCAAACCGUUGGUCGGUGUCAAGUUGGGCUUCAUCCUGCUGUCUAGCUGAUUUUAAAGGGAAAAUAGACAUUUACCGGCAUUUGCCAAAACAAAAACAGAUUGACAAAUUGAAGUAGCAUCCUUUAGGUUUGGGUGUACAUCAGGGAAGUCCAAACUCAGUCCUGGAGGGCCGAUGCCCUGCAUAGUUUAGCUCCAACUUCCUUUAACACACCUGCGUGGAAGUUUCUAGCAUACCUAGAGCUUAUUAGCUGGUUCAGUUGUGUUUAAUUGGGGUUGGAACUAAAUAUGCAGGACACCGGCCCUCAGGACAAAGUUUGGGCACCACUGGUGUACAUGGUGCAGAUUCUAAUUGUUGGAAGAUUCUAAGUCCAUGCACAUAUCACAAUUGAGUUUAGGUGAAAUUUGCUCUGACACAUUAAUAUACAACAUGAUUUUAUUCAUUCAAUCAUAUAUUUUCCUUCAGCUUAGUUCCUUUAUUCAUCAGGGUUGCCACAGACGAAUGAACCGGCAACUUAUCCAGCAUAUGUUUUACACAGCGGAUGCCCUUC